CUAAAAGGAGAUCUAGAAAUGAAAAAGCAAAUGAUAAGUAAGCUGAAGUCGCUCUGCCAAGACCUUCUUGUAGCUGUGAAAAAUAAAGCAGUGGCCCAAAAGCUAGAAAGUCAUCUCGAAAAUUUUGCCCAGCGCUGGGAUAGACUUGUGCAGAAAGUGGAGAGCAAUUCUAACCAGAUUUCACAGGCUGUCACUACCACUCAGACAUCACUAACACAGACAACAGUAAUGGAAACUGUAACUAUGGUGACCACAAGAGAACAAAUCCUGGUUAAGCAUGCUAAAGAGGAACUCCCUCCACCUCCACCCCACAAAAAGAGGCAACUCCUUGUGGAUUCAGAAAUUAGGAAGAGGUUUGACUCGGAUACAACAGAGCUGCAUAGCUGGAUGACCCGUUCAGAAGCAGUGCUUCAGAGUCCUGAGUUUGCAAUAUAUCGAAAAGAAGGCAGUCUUUCAGAUCUCAGAGAAAGAGUCAAUGCCAUCCAGCGAGAAAAGCCUGAGAAGUACAGAAAACUGCAAGAUGCCAGCAGAUCAGCUGAGGCCCUGGUGGAACAGAUGGUGAAUGAGGGUCUGAAUGCUGACAACAUUAGACAAGCCUCAGAGCAGCUGAAGAGCCGCUGGAUUGAGUUCUGUCAGUUGCUGAGUGAAAGACUGGCAUGGCUGGAGUACCAAAAUAACAUCAUUGACUUCUACACCCAGCUGCAGCAACUGGAGCAGACAGCAAUUACUGCAGAAAACUGGCUGAAAGCACAACCCACACCAGCAGCAGAUUCUGCUGCAGUAAAAACUCAGUUGGAAAAAUGCAAGGACGAAAUCAUCCGAAUGUCAACCCUUCAGCCUCAGAUUGAACGGCUAAAGGCUCAGAGUCAAGCGCUCAAAGAGAAAGAACAAGGGCCAGUGUUUCUGGAUGCUGACCUUGCUGCUUUUACCAGCCAUUUCAAGCAAAUACUUGCUGACAUGCAUGCCAGAGAAAAGCAGCUACAGACCAUUUUUGACAGUUUGCCUCCUGCACACUACAAAGAGACAAUGAGCACUAUACUUGUGUGGAUCCAGCAGUCAGAAACUAAACUCUCCAUGCCUCGGGUUGCAGUUGCUGAAUAUGAAAUCAUGGAGGAGAGACUCAGGGAGCUCAAGGCUCUACAAAUUUCUCUGCAAGAGCAGCAAAAAGGCCUGAACUAUCUCAGCACAACUGUGGAAGACAUGGCCAGGAAAGCCCCUGCAGAAGUCAGCCAGAAGUAUCGAUCGGAGAUUGAGGUGAUCCUUGGCCGCUGGAAGAAAUUAUCAACACAGCUGGUGGAACAUUGCCAGAAACUUGAGGAGCUUAUGACUAAACUCCAGCGAUUCCAGAAUGACACUAAAACACUGAAGAAGUGGAUGGCUGAAGUGGAUGUUUUUCUGAAGGAAGAGUGGCCUGCCCUUGGUGAUACAGAAGCACUGGAAAAGCAGCUUGAGCAAUGCACAGCUUUAGUAAAUGAUAUCCAGACGAUCCAGCCCAGUUUGAACAGUGUUAAUGAGGUUGGGAAGAAAAUGAAGAGUGAAGCAGAGCCACAAUUUGCUUCCAGAAUAGAGGCAGAACUAAAGGAGCUCAAUGUUCAAUGGGAACACAUUUGCCAACAGGCCUAUGCUAAGAAGGCAGCACUAAAAGGUGGUUUGGAUAAGACUGUGAGUCUCAGGAAGGAUUUGUCAGAAAUGCAUGAAUGGAUAACACAAGCCGAAGAAGAAUAUCUGGAAAGAGAUUUUGAGUAUAAAACACCAGAUGAACUACAGACAGCUGUUGAGGAACUGAAGAGAGCAAAGGAGGAAGCCAUGCAGAAAGAAGUUAAAGUGAAGCUUAUUACUGAUUCUGUGAAUAAUUUUAUAGCAAAGGCUCCACCUGCAUCUCAUGAGGCUUUGAAAAAAGAACUUGAUGUUCUAAUCACCAGCUACCAGCGUCUCUGCAGCAGACUGAAUGGAAAGUGCAAAACUUUGGAGGAGGUAUGGGCAUGUUGGCAUGAAUUAUUGUCAUAUUUGGAUGCAGAAAAUAAAUGGUUAAAUGAGAUUGAACUGAAACUCAAGGCAACUGAAAAUAUCCAGGGAGGUGCAGAAGAGAUUUCUGAGUCUCUGGAUUCUUUGGAACGUUUAAUGAGACAUCCAGAAGAUAAUCGCAGUCAGAUUCGAGAAUUGGCUCAGACUUUAACUGAUGGUGGAAUCAUGGAUGAAUUGAUCAAUGAGAAGCUUGAGAAGUUCAAUACUCGAUGGGAAGAACUUCAGACGGAGGCCGUGAGAAGACAAAAGAGCCUUGAACAGAGUAUUCAAUCUGCCCAGGAGACUGACAAAACCCUCCGCUUAAUCCAAGAAUCUCUGGCUGUUAUUGACAAACAGCUAACAACCUACGUUGCAGACAGAGUUGAUGCAGCACAGGUCCCUCAGGAAGCACAGAAAAUACAAUCUGAAUUAACAAGCCAUGAGAUCAGUUUGGAAGAAAUGAAGAAACGAAACCGUGGUAAAGAUGCUGCCAAAAGAGUGCUUUCUCAAAUCGAUGUGGCACAGAAAAAGCUGCAGGAUGUCUCUGUGAAGUUCCGCUUGUUUCAGAAGCCAGCCAACUUUGAACAGCGCCUACAAGAAUGUAAAAGAAUUUUAGAUGAAGUGAAGUUGCAGGUGCCCAAGUUGGAGAUGAAGAGCGUUGAGCAGGAAGUAGUGCAAUCACAGCUGGAUCACUGCAUGAAAUUAUAUAAAAGCCUGAGUGAGGUGAAAUCUGAAGUGGAAACAGUGAUAAAAACUGGGAGGCAGAUUGUUCAAAAGCAGCAGACAGAGAACCCAAAAGAGUUGGAUGAAAGGCUUACAGCUUUGAAGUUGCAGUAUAAUGAAUUGGGUGCAAAGGUGACAGAAAAAAAGCAAGAGUUAGAGAAAUGCUUGAAAUUAUCCCGGAAGCUACGAAAAGAAAUUAAUGCUAUGACAGAAUGGCUUGCAGCGACAGAUGCAGAAUUGACAAAGAGAUCAGCUGUGCAGGGGAUGCCUAGCAAUUUGGAUGCUGAAAUUGCCUGGGGCAAGGCAACACGGAAAGAGAUUGAGAAACACCAGGUCCAUCUUAAGAGCAUCAGUGAUUUAGGAGAGAAUUUGAAGACAGUGCUGAAAGGAAAGGAAAGUCUAGUGGAGGAUAAACUCAGCCUAUUGAACAGUAAUUGGAUAGCAGUAACUUCACGCGCGGAGGAAUGGUUGAAUCUCUUAAUGGAAUAUCAAAAGCACAUGGACGCUUUUGAUCAGAAUGUAGCUAAUGUUACAACUUGGAUGUAUCGUGCUGAAAUACUGUUGGAUGAAUCUGAUAAACAAAAACCCCAGCAAAAAGAGGAAAUUCUUAAGCGCUUAAAGGCUGAGCUGAAUGAUAUGCACCCAAAGGUGGACUCUGUGCGUGACCAGGCGGUAGACUUGAUGACAAAUCGUGGAGAUCACUGCAGGAAAGUAAUAGAGCCUAAACUGUCAGAGCUCAACCAGCGAUUUGCAGCUAUAUCACAAAGAAUUAAGAGUGGAAAGCCCUUCAUUCCUCUGAAGGAAUUGGAGCAAUUUGACUUUGAUAUAGAAAAAAUGCUUGAACCACUGGAGGUUGAAAUUCAGCAGGGGGUGAAUCUGAAAGAGGAGGACUUCAAUAAAGAUAUGAGCGAAGAUGACGAGAGCACAGUGAAAGAAUUGCUGCAAAGGGGCGACACACUUCAAAAGAGAAUCACAGAUGACAGAAAACGGGAGGAAAUAAAGAUAAAACAACAGCUGUUGCAGACUAAACAUAAUGCUCUCAAGGACUUGAGAUCUCAAAGAAGAAAAAAGGCUUUAGAGAUUUCUCAUCAAUGGUAUCAGUACAAGAGACAGGCUGAUGACCUAAUGACAUGGCUGGAUGACAUUGAGAAAAAGUUAGCCAGUCUACCAGACCACAAAGAUGAGCAGAAGCUAAAGGAGAUUGAUGGAGAAUUGGAGAAGAAGAAGGAAGAUCUGAAUGCGGUGCACAGGCAGGCUGAACGCUUGUCUAAGGAUGGGGCGGCAAAAGCAGUGGAGCCAACCCUGAUACAGCUCAGCAAGCGCUGGCAAGAUUUUGAGAGCAAAUUUGCUCAGUUUCGAAGACUCAACUAUGCACAAAUUCAAACAGUUCAUGAAGAUACAACUUUUGUGGUGACUGAAACUAUGACUGUGGAAACCACUCAUGUGCCUUCUACAUACCUGGCAGAGAUUCUUCACCUUUUGCAAGCCUUGUCUGAAGUAGAAGAGCGCCUUAAUUCUCCUGUUCUGCAGGCUAAGGAUUGUGAGAAUCUCUUCAAACAAGAAGAGUGUCUUAAGAGCAUUAAAGAUAGCCUGGGGAGACUGCUGGGUCAUAUAGACAUUAUUCAAAACAAGAAGAUACCGGCUUUGCAAAGUGCUACACCAAGGGAAGUGGCAAAUAUACAAGAGAAGCUGAAUCAGCUUAAUUUCCAAUGGGAGAAAGUUAACAAGAUGUACAGGGACCGACAGGCGUAACAAGACAGGACACUUGAGAAGUAUAGAAGGGCAUUACAUGAUAAUUAA